AUGGUAGAUGAUUCUGGUAGAAAAGAAAAUCGAUUAUGUAUUGUAUCAUUAAUUGGUAAAAGCACUUUAUUUGAACAACAAUGUAAUAAAUCUUGGAAAUUCAAUCAACUUAUUCAAAUACCUGCGUUUAAAGAACAUUGCGUUCUCAAUAAUGAAGAUGAUUUUGAAUAUUAUUAUGAUCAUUUGAAUAACACAAUAUAUAUUCAUCUUCGUUCAUUUCAUGAUACAUAUCAAUUAUUACAUUUAAUCGAUAAUAUUAAUGAUGAUACGUCGAUAAAAAAUUUUGCACAAUUAUGGGAACAUAAACAAGCAAAUUUUAUAAAGAAAAGUCUUAUUUGUUUUCUUCUAUCUCAUAUUAUUGUUAUUUCUCAUUCAUCACAUACAUUUGAUUUAAAUUAUUUACGUUUUUUUCGUAUUAUUGAACUUUUACGUCACAAAACAAAAUCAGCUAUAUUAGAAGCCAUUCGUUCGCAUAGUGGAUUAAAAGAAACUGAUGUUAUGAUGAGCGAUGGGCGUUUAUGCGUACCACGUGCAUUAUUUAUUUUUGAAAAUCAUCAUCAUAAAGGAAAUGAUUUACCGAGCGGGGGAGAUCGAGAUGAUGAUCAGAAACUAAUCAAUAUGGCACUUAGCUUAGAAAAUAUUAUUUUCAAUGCAUUGCGAUGUUCUUAUGUUAUUUCAAAUCAAAUUAACUCUGCAUUGUUUACGAUUGCGCAUAAACAACCAUUUGUGUUUAUUCAUCGCUGUUAUAAAGAAUCCUCAUCGUUAGGACAAACACAAAAGUUACUAGGCAUUUUACAAGGUUUUGUAAAACAAACAAAAGAUUCUUCAAGUAAUACAAAUCUAUUCAAUCGUGCAAAUGUUCAGCAACAAGAUGAUACAGCAGCUUUUAAACGUUUUCUAUUUCGUCAUAUUGAAGAGGCACUGACAGAUGGCUGGUCCAACGAUGGUAUAUCAGGUGGUGCACGUAGUGAAUCAUCAUUGUUUGAGUCAUGUACAUAUUCAGUGUGGCUAAAUCUAUUUACGACUAUACGUGAAUUAUUCGAAACAAUGCCAGCAACAAAUAAAGUUAUGCGUCAAUCAUUCGGUAUGCUUCGAGCUAAUAUUGAUCCAGAUGGAAAACUAAAUGAAACACGAUGUAAAAAAUAUCUACCCAUGGCUAUUAAAUAUUAUGAAGAAGGUCUACCAUCGAGGUAUACAAGACAUUUUCAUGAGCAACGAUUGCAAGCAACAAUUGAAUUUUUUGCAACUUAUGCACGCGGUUCAAGUUACAAACGAUAUGUACAACAACUUAUUGAACAAUGUACACGUUUAUGGCAUGAUGGAAGGCAAUUAUGUGAAGCGAUUAGUCUUACAAGAAAUCCGUGUAAAAACGAAUUACAUCGCAUACCUGGCGAGGAAAAUACAAAUGAUUCAACAAAUUUUGCACAUCUACCUUUGAGAGCACACAAUAGUAAAAUUCAAUUAAUAGCAGCCAGUAAUUGUGGUCAAAUUUUACAAGAACGUGAAGAUCCAUUUGACUUAAAAGAAGCUAAUUAUGAUUUCUAUCAAGAUGUUAAUAAAAUGUUAUCAGUUAAACCAAUUUAUUUUGAAUUUCCAAUCUUUCGAGGACCAGUGGCAUCAACAGAAGCACGACCUUGUAAUAGUCAUAAAAAUGAAUUGAAAGUUCCCAGUACUACUGAUGAUCUAAGUGGCGCAUCUGAAUUAAGUCAAUCGGCGUCAGUUGCACUUUAUUCACCUGUACCAGACAAUGAACAGCCAAUAUUAGAUAACAUAACUGGUGAAAAACCAGACAAACAUAAAACAGUUACAUGUACUGAUGAUGAACAACCUAUUCCAAGUACAACUGAAUAUCUCGAUGGUAUGACACAUUCAGAUUGCCCACCAGGAUUACUACCUCGACAUAGUUCUUGGAGUUUAUGUUGUAUUGGCCGAGCAUCAGAUUACGUACCGACGAAAGGUCUUCAACAACCAGGAUUUUUGACUGGUUUAAAUCAUUUGAUACCAUGGGAUAUAAAUCCACAUAAUAAUCAAGCAUCAGCCGCGAAUGCCGGUGGUGGUGGUGGUGGUGGUGCUGCACAAUAUCAUCAACAACGAACAACAGCUACACGUAGUUAUAAAAACAAUCGACGAGGUGCAGCAAGUUCAUCAAUUUGGGACGUUACUAUUCGUAUUUAUAUUGGAUGCGAAUAUGAAUGCCCCCGUGGCCAUCGAUUUCUCUGUUCAUCACCUAAUCAUGUCGUUCGGGUUGGUCAAAAUGGAGCCGUCAAAGAUGACGGUGCUAAAUUAGUUCGGUCUGAUAUGCCAUUAUAUACUCCAUGUUCUUGUCGAAUAUUAUCUAGUGGCGCACGUGUUUGGGCACAACUAAUGCGUGCAUUCGUUGUAACACCAUCAUCAGCAACACCCAUUCAAUGUGUACUUCAUCCGCAAGUUGUACCAGGUGGUCCCAGCAGCCCAAUAUUUUUUCCAAGUUACACUCAACCGAUACAUCUGACAGAAGAUUCUAUAUGGGUGUUACGUUUUCCAUUUAUUUAUCACGAUGGAGAGCAAUCUCUAUAUCGACCACAGAAUGAAGAAGAUUCAGCGCAGUGCCUUGUUUUACGUGAUCUUUUUUCAUUAUUCAAAAACAUGCCGCAAGGAAAAUCGAAACCAAAAGCUCAAUUACCAUCAAAUUUCAAAAAGAAAUCAGCAAAUAAAUUUAGCCAAGGCAAAGUAUCAAGAACAAAAAUGCAUAAAAAAAAGAAAACAGCUGGCAAUACUGGUAAAACUGGUCUUGAAGCUGUACAACAACGUUUAACGACCGAUAUCGCAAAAAAUAUUGAACAACAAUGUGCGAACAAAGUCAAAGCUAAUGAAGGAAAAUCAUUAACUAUGGUUAAACCGAAUUAA